ACUGUUGAAGUAAUUGAACCUGACUAUCCGACUGAACAUAAUUCCGAACUGGAGGACAGCGAUGAGGCCAGUCAGCUUAUCGAGAAGGCAUCUGAAAAACAUCCGCUUUCUCUUGAAACAUGCCCUGGAAAGCUGGACAAAGACCUGGAUGAUUGCGGUGAUUUCGAAAAGGAGCAAAUCUGUUUAACAGAGAGUGAACACAAGAGGAGCUGGCCAGCAUUACGGACUGAUUCAGACUUAUGCCGCCGUAAAGAGGACCCUGAUUCACCGGUGAGAGAAGAGGAAUGGGUUAGGGGACAGAGUGAUCGACCUUCGAUUGGAAGUGGUGGUGGAAGGUCACGCGCCAGUAAACGUACAAGACCUAGCCGGAGUCUACAAGGUUUGAGCUUCUCCUCCUCCUCUUCUCCCUUCUCCUCUGCUUCUGCCUCGCCCUCUUCUUCACCACGAAAUUCUGCCAUAAAUGAUUUCGAAACCGAUGAUUUUCCAGAUAGGCAUUACGAUAGACGAGUACGUGAAGACACUAAUUCUUCUCAUGAUCAUGGUCGUAUUUUUCCAAACCGUCAUUGCACUAGCGAUAGACGACGAAGGCCUCUUCCUUUGGAGGGAAACAGCUUUGGUGGACAGGAUUCAUUAACAAGAACUGCUGUCUUGUGUGCUGUAGAUAGAGGGGAGGGGAAAGAGAGAGUUGAGGAGACUGAGAAAGAAUCACUCGGACUGACCGGCUUAACAUCUUCAAGUGAGCGUUCACAACACAAGAUUAUGAUGCGUGUCUUUAAAGCGAUAAAAAUCACCUGGAUGCAAGGUCAAGUUCAUCUUGAGGUUGGUUGUAGUUUAUCUUAA